AUGCCGUGUGCCUGGGCUGCGACUUUGCUCCUGCUAAUGCUCCAGGGAACCUGGGGCUGCUCCAACCUCGUCUGCUACACCGAUUACAUCGAGACUAUCACCUGCAUCCUGGAGACAUGGGCCAGGCACCCCGACUCGCUCACCCUCACCUGGCAAGACACAUUUGAAGAACUGGAGGAUGAAGUCACCUCCUGCAGCCUCCUCCAGUCCACCCACAAUGCCACCCAUGCGGAGUACACGUGCCACAUGAAAGUGUUCUCCCUCGUGGCUGACGACUUCUUCAAUGUAAGCAUGACAGACCCAUCCGGCAACUCCUCCCAGGAGUGUGGCAGCUUUAUGGUGGCUGCGAGCAUCAAGCCAUCUCCCCCUUUCAACGUGACCGUGAACUUCUCCGGAUAUUAUAACAUCUCCUGGAGUUCCAGUUCCAGUUCCAGUCCCAGGGACCUUGUCUACGCCCUGAAGGACAAACUUCAGUAUGAGCUGCGGUACAGGAAGGUUGGAGAACCCUGGGCUCGGAGUCCAGGGAGAAAGCUGAUCUCAGAGGAUUCCAGAAGCGUCCUUCUCCUCCCCUUGGAGUUCCACAGCGGCUCAAACUACGAGCUGCAGGUGCGGGCAGGGCCCCAGCCCGGCUCCACCUUCCAGGGCACCUGGAGCGAAUGGAGUGAAUCAGUCGUCUUUCACACCCAGCCGGAAGAGAGAAAGGGAGACCUGUAUCUUCACCUGGUUCCCAUCCUGCUCAUCCUGGUCUGCCUCAUCUUUGUCUUCUUGGGCCUGAAGGUCCCUUGGAGGCCGUGGGAAAAGGUGUGGCUGCAGGUGUCCAGCCCAAAGCCCUUCUUCCAGCCCCUGUACGUGGGCCACAGCGGAGACUUCAAGAAAUGGGUGGGCACACCCUUCACUGCCUCCAGCCUGGAGCUGAGACCCUGGAGCCCUGGGGUGCACUUGGCCCUGGAGAUGUGCAGCCCGUGCCCACCGCAGGGUGCAGCCAAGGGGCUGGUGCCCACGGAGCUGCCGGAGCCCACAGAACUGGUGGAAGCUGACGGGGUGCCUGAGCCGGGCUCCUGGGGCCCAGUGCCCUCCACUGCCGGCAGCUUGGGCAGCUCGGUUUACAGCCAGGAGAAGGACCGGCUAUAUGGCCUGGUGUCCAUCGACACAGUGACCGUGGUGGAUGCAGAGGGGCUGUGUGACUGGCCCUGCACCUGUGGGGAUGAUGGCUACCCUGCCCUGAACCUGGACACCGGCCUGGAGCCUGGCCCCGGCACAGAGGACCCGCUCCUGAGCACGGGGGCCACAAUCCUGUCUUGUGGCUGCGUCUCAGCCAGUGGCCCCGUGAGGCCGGGCAGCCUCCUUGACAGGCUAAGGCUGUCCCGUGAGGAUGAGGCAGAUUGGACACCCGGGCCGUCGGACAGUGAGGCAGGCUCGCCUCCGGUUGGCCUGGACAUGAACACAUUUGACAGCGGCUUCGCGGACUCUGAUUGUGGCAGCCCCGUGGAGAGUGACUUCAGCAGCCCCAGGGACGAGGAACCCCCCAGGAGCUACCUCCGACAGUGGGUGGUCACGGCCCCUUCACCUACGCCACUGGGAUCCCAGGCCAGCUAG